CCACCAGUUGUCGAAAUAAAUUCACAAUAUAAUUUUCUUUUAAAAAAUAAAAAUAUUUUUUUAACAUUUUCACAUGCAGUUGACAGCUGGCAACUGACAGCAUUAGUAUCAAUAUUUUUCCAAGCAUGCGCUAGUAUAUUUUCUCUCCAAAAAAAAUCAAUAAAUUCAAAUAUUUAAAAGAAGAAAAAAAAAUCACGAAUUAAAAAUUAUUAAUACAGAUUAUAAUAAUAUUAACCUGGCUAUAUUUUUAUCAAUUAUUUUAACAUUUUUAAUUAAUGAAGGAAUCGUAGAAAUGAAGACAGUUUGGGUUAUUGGUGGUCCAGGCUGUGGUAAAGGUACCCAAUGUGAUAAAAUAAUAGCCAAAUAUGGCUUAGUACAUCUAAGCAGUGGUGACUUGUUGAGAGAAGAAGUCGCAAGUGGUAGCUCACGUGGUUCAACACUUCAGGAAUUAAUGUCCAAAGGACUUUUUGUUCCAACUGAUGUUGUCUUGACUCUCAUCAAAGAAAGAAUGGAAAAAGCAAAAGCUGAUGGCACCACAACUGGUUUUCUCAUUGAUGGAUAUCCUCGAGAAUUAGAUCAAGGAAUUCAAUUUGAAAAAAAUGUUUGUCCAGCUGAUUUGAUAUUAUUCUUUGAUGUAUCAAGUGAAACCAUGAAAAAAAGACUUCUAGGUCGUGCUGCGUCAUCUGGAAGAGCUGAUGAUAAUGAAGAAACAAUUGUCAAAAGAAUCGAAAUAUUUAAUCUUAAAAAUGGAGAAAUUGUUAAUCAUUAUAAUGACAAAGUAGUUCGUAUCAAUGCUGAAGGUAAUAUUGAUGAUAUAUUUGCUGAAGUUUCAAAAGCCCUUGAUUCAUUGUUAAAAUAAUGAUAAAUAAUUUGAAAAAAAAAUAAACAAAAAUUAGAUAAAUUAUGACACGUCUGAUAUUUCCGUCGUGUAUAUCCUGUUAAAAAAAAAAAUAAUAAAUUGUUAAUGUUGAUUACAUUGUUCACUUGCAUGUUACUUAAUAGAAAAAAUAAAAAAAAACAACGACAUUAUAUUUUUAGAUAUACACUAAGAAUAAUAUAAAAAAUAAAAAUUAUUUUUCUGAUAAAUUGUUAAAAAAAAUAAUGGAAAUAAAUAAAAUAUAUUUAAUUAAUU